CGCGGCGGGACUGGGGGCCAUGAGCAGCGGGGCCGGGGACUCGACCGGGGACGGGAACGGGGCCGAGAGUGGGACCGAGCGGCGGGUCCGCAUCGUGGUGGAGUACUGCGAGCCCUGUGGCUUCGAGGCCACGUACCAGGAGCUGGCGAGCGCCGUGCGGGAGGAGUACCCCGACAUCGAGAUCGAGUCACGGCUGGGAGGCACCGGUGCCUUCGAGAUCGAGAUCAACGGGCAGCUUGUCUUCUCCAAGCUGGAAAAUGGGGGCUUUCCCUAUGAGAAGGAUCUGAUCGAGGCCAUCCGCAGAGCCCGCAAUGGGGAGCCCCUGGAGAAAAUCACCAACAGCCGCCCCCCCUGUGUCAUCCUGUAACCCCCCAGGGACAGUGGGGUCCCCCUGCACUGCCCAUGGCUGCCUUCCUUAAAUCCCUGCACGACUGGGGGGCACCAGGGGGACCAGGGACACUGGGGGAGCUCAGGAGCCUCCUGGGGAUGGUGGCACUGGGGGUCACUCUGUCAGGGGGGGUCUCCCACCUGCCUUUGCCUUUCCCCCUCAUCAGCUGCACCUCCCUGGGGGGCACAGGGGGGUCCCCAUGGCACCCCCAUUUCUCUGUGCUGGCCUCUCCCCUCCCUCACCCCCUGCUUUGGGGGUCUCCCAUGGCUGGGGAGCCAGGCUGGGCGUUGGAGCAGCUCCCAGCAGGUUCAUUCCAAGGAGAAUCCACCGGCUGUAACUUCCCUGGGGUUUGUUAAUGAUUAAAAUCCCUCUGGCACUGUUUAAUCGGGGGCAGGGGCCUGCUAUGGGAACCCUGGCCUGGCCCCAUGGCCAGAGGUGUGUUCACAUCCCCCCUCCCCAUUCCCAGGCUCCCAGCUCCUGCCUGGAAUGACCCUGCCCUUGGCCUCGGGGUGGGGGGCCCCCCUAUUUAUUCUAUACUGUGUAUAAACCCAAUGGCCUGGGGCCUGGGUGGAAUAAAGGAUGGAGAAUGUG